AGGCGGAGCGAUCUCUCAUGUGAAUAGUUUCUUGCGAUAUCAUACGAAAUAUCAAUUGAUAUGGUGAAUAGAUGUGUUUUGUACGGCUGUAGCGCCACGGUCGAUGCAUCGAGUGCUCUUUCGACGCAUUCAUUCCCGAAAAAUACCAGCAAUUCGACGUCAGUGGGUGAAGUUUGUACAAACAACGAGAGCGGACUUCGUGGAUCCGAAACCGACCAACACUUCGGCCGUAUGUGCUCAAAACACUUCACUGACGAUUGUUUUGAAGUACCAUUAUCGUUUGCCCAGAACGAAAGUGGUUUUCAGAAGAAGUGCCGAAGAUUGAAGAAAGAUGCAGUGCCUACCAUACCUCCUAAGAACCUUCCCAUGAAGCGUGUAUCAUCAGUGAUGGAGUUCGACUCGAACUCGAUCUCUGAUGAUACAGGUUCAUCAGACCCAUUCUCGAACUUCGAGAAUGGGUCUGAUGAACCUAGGCCUAGCACAAGCAGUGGUGCUGUUGGUGGAAGAUCAGCUUACAAGAAAAGAGAGAGGAAGAGGGAUCAAGUCUGUGAGGAAGCUUAGUCCAGAUGGGCAGACAUCUACACUGGAGGGGUACCAUGCCACAGUCAUACAUUUUGCACCAAAAAUGUAUCACUUUGGAUACUUAGGCAUGAAGAGCAGGCUACAGUUAGCUGGACUCCACUUUAAUGAGAACAGUGGCAGGGACCAAGCCAAACUCAAGAAUGGGGAAGAACAAUUCAACAUUUCAUUCCCCAAAUUCAAGAAGGGAGGCUUUUCAGUGAAACGUGUUCUGACCAAGUGCACAUUCAACUAUGUGACUGAACUUCAGAAAGAGGUGUGCAGAAUCAUCCGAGCUGGAGAAAUCUGUCAGAAUGAAGAACCCCCACCCCCACUUUCCAGUGCCUUCGAACAUCCGGAUAAGCAGGAAGCCAUCAACAAAUACCGGAGUGGAAAACGCUACGUGGAGCAUGUGGGGAAAUAACUUGUGUUGGACUUCUAGAUUCCAGUGUAAACUGUAUGUGGUGGGAGCCAAUUUGGUUUGACGAUCAUCAAGUUGAAGCUAUCACAAAUUGCAUCCCGGCCUUGGGCCUAGUCAUCAUUGAUUUUGUACGGGUCCUGUUUAACAAACAUAACAUCACCAGUAUUGGCAUUUUAUAUGAGCAAUGUAUUUAAAAUUUGAAAAUUUAAAAUUUUGUACAGAUGAACAAAUACAUGCAACUGAACACAA